UUACACAGGAAAAUUUUACCUACUCGUCGCGUCGCAUGUUAAAUGUGACUAUCUCCUCAAUUGUGGAAUUUUUCUUAAAACGAAAUCCAUCAUUGUUCCCAAGUAAAUAUAUUGCAAAACAUUCUUCUCGAACAAUGAAUAUUGCUGAAAGAGUCAAAGAAAGAAGAACUCAAUCAAAUACAGAUUCCCUAGUAUUCACGGACAACAAAAAAAGCAAAGGAAAUUUAACCAGUAGAUUUUUACGAUGUAGAAAUGAGACUGAUGACUCUGACUCUGAAGAGAAUUUUGAGGAAUCAUUGAGAAGGUUCCCGCCAGUUAUUGAUGAUAUAGAAUCGGGUAGCGAUGAAAUACCAGCAGUCUAUGUGCUCGUUCCUUCACGACCAAGGACUAACUACGUACGGUCAAAGUCGUUAUCUCCAAAGCGCCCAAGGACUUACUCCGUACAGUCACAGUCGUCAUCCCCAAAACUUUCAAGGGCCAAAUCCGUACGGUCACUGCCGUCCUCUUCAAAUCUACAAGGAAAGCUAUUGUCGACGUCUAACUCUUUAGACGAGCCAGGAGUAUACGAACGAUACUUUGAGGAAAAUGCAAACCCCUCAUCUACUUCGGGCAAUACACUCUCUGAUCCCAAUAUGUUAAAUAAAGUUGAAUAUUUUGAUGUCAUGAGUAACAUUCCUGUUAAGCACAAAAGAGAAAUUGAAUCACUUCAUCAGAGACACAA